GGCUCCUAAUAACAACAUUGCCAGAUUAGCUGCAACUUCUCUCUACAAGCCUUAACCCUUAUUCGAUCUAAUAACGUCUCCGAGCUUUCCUUUAUAUAUACUGUACAGUAUAUAUAGAUAGAUAACACAGGAAGAGCAGCUCGGUCUCUUUCUAAAGGAAAGAGCUGGAAGGAGCGGGAGGGGGGUGGUAGAUUCGGCAAGCUUUUAAUAUGCAAUAAUGACGGGGUUCCCUUCCUCAGCAUGCAGAUCACACCCCAUAAAAAUUCAAAUAGAAAGAUCGUGGGGAUUAACCACUCCCCACAAAAAAUAAUCUUUUUUUCCCGAGUGAAAGAAAUCCGUAGGUGCUGUGAUCACCAACGUAGGCUUGUGUGGGUCUAGGUCUGUUUCUGUUUGCAGGCUACGCAAACGCGCGCGACGUUUGUGUUCCCUCGGCACCAGUAACUUGGCAGGGCAGGCUGGGCUGAAACAGGAAGAACUUUGUCCCUGUGAUAUUGGGUUUUUGUUUUGUUUGUUUAAAAAAAUAGUAGUGACGGUAGCACAAUAUCAGCUGCAGGAGAUUUUUUUGCUGCGGCUGCUGCUCUGAGCUUCCUGUACUGUAUGGUGGAGGGGCUGGAAAGGGAGGUCUCGACGCAGGCUGCAGCUUGCUGCAUUAGACUUUAUUUACAUAUACAAACCGGUCUGUGCAGAGCCUGUCUCCUGCAGCCUGUGCUGAGGUUUGCAUGCCUGUGGAAGAACCCUCCUAGCCAAGGAAGAAAGAGCGCCCAGGGGGUGCGGAGAACGCCGAGCAAAGGGCGGUAAGCACGGAGCGAGAUGCAGGAUUAGGCAUGAGUUUCCACGCCCAGAGCAGCGCUUUGCUAAGGUCUUGGGGAGCUCAGCUGUACUGUCUGCAGCCGCGUCCUUGGGCGAGCCCCCUCCGGUCUUGCUUGGGUGGUGCUCGGCCCCGGCCCAUCGUGGACAUGUCCUACUCCCGCCACUUUCUGGAUUUCCACGGCUCGUCCAUCCCCACCACCAUGAAGAAGCUGGUGGUGACGAAGCUGAGCUCAAACUUCCGAGAGGCUGUGAGCCUACGACACGAUGUGCCUGUGCCACUCCCGGGAGACGGCGAUCUGCUUGUCAGAAACAGAUUUGUCGGCAUUAAUGCAUCCGAUAUUAACUACUCAGCUGGGCGAUAUGACACAUCAGUUAAGCCCCCAUUUGACGUAGGUUUUGAAGGAAUUGGUGAAGUGGUAGCCUUGGGCCUAAGUGCCAGCGCUAGAUACACAAUGGGGCAACCAGUGGCCUACAUGAGGCCUGGUGCUUUUGCUGAAUAUACCAUUGUUCCUGCCAAAGAAGCCAUCCCGGUACCUUCUGUGAAACCUGAAUUUCUUACACUACUGGUAAGUGGAACUACAGCAUAUAUCAGCCUGAAGGAGCUUGGAGAACUGUCCGACGGGAAGACGGUUCUGGUGACAGCCGCAGCCGGAGGAACCGGUCAGUUUGCCGUGCAACUUUCCAAGAAGGCAAAAUGCCACGUAAUUGGAACAUGCUCCAGUGAUGAAAAAUCUGGCUUUCUGAAAUCCAUAGGCUGUGACCACCCUAUCAACUACAAAACUGAAAACCUUGCUGCUGUCCUUAAGAAGGACUACCCGAAAGGUGUGGAUGUGGUGUAUGAAUCUGUCGGCGGGCAGAUGUUUGACUUGGCUGUCAGCUCCUUGGCUACCAAAGGGCGCCUGAUAAUUAUUGGGUUUAUCUCUGGCUACCAAACCCGUACUGGCCUUCAGCCUGGUCAUGUGGAAAUGUUGCCAGCAAAGCUGCUAAGGAAAUCUGCCAGCAUCCGGGGUUUCUUCUUAAACCAUUACCUUUCUGAAUACCAAACAGCUCUGAAACACUUGAUCAAAAUGUGUGAAAACAGAGAACUGGUUUGUGAGGUGGACCUUGGAGACAUGUCUCCAGAGGGCAAAUUCUCUGGCUUAGAGUCCGUAUUCCACGCUAUAGAUUAUAUGUACAUGGGGAAAAACAUUGGAAAAAUUGUAGUUGAAUUACCUCACUCUGUCAACAGUAAGCUGUAAAAACAGAACAAUGAUAUAAAUCAAAAGAGGGAAAAUGGGCACUUUAUGCUACACAAUAACUAUUUCUUUAAAGUCGCCAAUGGGUAACAUAUUAAAAAAUAGCAUGUAGGCUUUCGUAAAAAAAUAUUUGUUGAAUUUAAGUGGCUUUGUGUUCUUUAAAAAUGCCAUGUGUCGUUGGCAUUGCGUUAAACAGUUCUGCAUUUUUGUCUGGGAGUUUUGAGCGAACUUGUGAUUAAACUUGCAUUGGAUUUGAAUCUGGCCAACUAUGAAAUCUUCACCUACAGCUUUCCUCUAGAAUUGAGUAAAUAAAGGCAUAUUAAUAUUUUAAGUGAAAUCAAUAAUAUUAUCGAUUCUUCCUAUAAAAAAGGAUGGGUGCAAUUCACCUGGACAUUCUGCUUGAGCAAUGGGAGUCAAGCAAGAGUGCUUUUCAGUAGCACAGGGCAGCGUCUUAGCGGUUUGCACUUGAUAUAAUUUAAAAAUGAGAAAUUAUCUUUUUUCAGUUGUGUUGGUUACAAAUACAAUAAUAAAAUGCAGAUUUAUGUAACUCAAAAUAUAUAUUUCACUAGUUACAAAAGUGGCAGCUUUUGUUUUUAAAUGAAAGUUUGUUUUAAUUUUAUAUAAGGUUUUAUAGUUAUAUUUUGAAAUCUUCAUGUUGUAAUAUCACUUUCUAACUAUUCUUUUGGCUAUAUUAACCCGUUAAUUGGGUUAACUUUGGUAUAAUGCUACAUUCUACUGAUAUUAAAGCAAUCUUAAGAACAGUGUUAAUGAAGCCCCUCACUUACAAGGAAAUGGUGGUGACUAGAUCACUUGCUUAUAAUGGCACCAGAGGACUGUGCUGAACUAUGCAAUAAGAUUAAGCCUUUGUAAUAAUUUAUAUUUCAACCUUUGUAAGAAUUUAUAUUGUUUUAAAGCAUUAAAAUCAUUUUGACUAUUUUUUUUACACUAUGGUUCAGUUGUCCAUUUAUUCUCUUCUGUUAUUUUUUUGUGCAAAUUCAACUGCAAUCCCAUGACUACUCACCAUCGAGUAAAACCCACUGAAUCCAAUGGGACCCACUGUUAAGCAGACGAGCCAUGUUUCUUAGUUGGCUCCAGAUUGCCUUUUUACUUGUUGUUUUGUGAGAAGGGGUUAAUCUCUUUAAGAUGAACUUGAAGAUGCAAAAGAGUGUUUACUGUUUCCAAAGACAAUACACAUGUGGAAUAAACUGGUAUUUUAAAAUAUGUAGCAAUUCUCCACUUACAGCCGUUUGCUUUUUCAGGCAUUCUGGCAAUCAGCGUUCUUGUUUAAGGACAUUCUAAUGUUUAUUGUUGAACAGAUUCCCCUUUUAGGUUCAUAAGCAUGGCUUUUUAAAAUUCCUGCUACCCUGUAGCUAAAAGCACACCCAAGUAGUAGGAUCUAGGCCAGCUCUGCACCACCGAUUUCAGUGGGACCUUAAGUGGCUCAAAUCCAGGUAUUCCAAUUAAACUGGAGUUUGGACUAGGAUGUUGGAAAAAUUGCUUGGUAGGUGAAACCCAAAGUAUAUUUUGGAUCCAGCAGCUGAUCACCCUAUGGAAACAUUCUCAUUAUGAUGAAGUAUUUGGCUUCCCUUUGGUGGUGAACAAAAGUGGAGACAGCAUAACUGUUGAGAACAAAAUUCAGUUUUAGACAUAAAGAACCAUCGUUAUAAUAUGCUUCACACAUAGAGAUGUGAAGUGACCAAAGUCUGUUUCCCCCCUAUAUUUUUGACACUGAGCAUGUUUUUAGCACUUGUGUUUCACAAUUCUGUCUCUUUGAGGAACUAUUGCAAAACAACCAAAUAUUUACACCCCAAUCAUAAGUACUGUACAAGUCACCUUGAGAGGGGUGUUUAUGCCCUGAAAGGUAGUGUAAAAUAUCUAAAAAAAAUAAGCCCCACUGAUUUCAUUGGGCCUUACUUCAAAGUAAUUAUGUUUUAAGAUUUCCGCCAGGUGGAGUGUGUUCUUUCCCAGCUGUGUGCACAUGCAUCUGAUUGAUUCCCGUAUUGAAGAACCACUUUUACCUAGAAGCGUGGUUACAACAUUCAAUUUCAUACUUUUUAAAGUAAGUAAUUCUACAUGAUCAUAAAAUGGUAGCGUUGGAAGGGAUCCACCAAGGAUCAUCUAGUCCAACCCCCUGUUCUGUUCUGUCUCAGUUUGUAACAAUUAACAUCAAAUGAGUCAAAGCUGAAGAGGCAGUUUCAGUAUCUGCUAUAAAUAUAUACCGGUAUAUGUAAAGGCCUAGUGUUGAAAUUUUACUCAAAGAAUGUUCCUAGCAAGUAUGCUCAGGUUGUAGUCUUAUGCCCACUUACCUUUGAAUUGAUUGAAACUUAUUUCUAUGUAGACCUAGAGAGCAUUGAGUAAUAUCAAUAGGUAUGCACACCAGUGUUGACCUUAGUGAAUACCUUCAUGUGUGAAACACAUACACAUAAUUGUAGAUUCACAGUGGACUGUUAAGUCCUCAUUUGCUGAGGCUCCCUGGUGCUUGCCCACCUCAGCAUGUUUACAUCCAAGUAUCUUCACUUCACACUUUGCUACUUUACAGCAAAUGCACAUGCCCCAAAGUGUAAACUGGGAAUGAGAUAGUUAAACAUGGGAUAUAAAUGCUUAACUAUGGGUUGCAUAACCUGGAUUGUGUGCUUGUUACCAACUGCAUCUUAUUCUCUUUAGAUGUGAAACAAUAGUUUCCGAGCUUACUAAUUUACCCAAAGAUUUUUGCACAUAACAUUCUUACUGUUGCUGCUGCUUUAUUACUGCUGUUCUCUUGUUCUCUUCGCCAGGCCAUUCUUCAUUGAAACAAGCUAGGUGUGGUAGGGUGGCACUUUGAUGUUAUGGAAAGGCUUGGUGUUUACAGGUAAUUCUUAGUCCUGAUGUGUGUAUCCUGUUGUGCCUGAUAAUUGGAUUAUUCACACACACACACACACACACACUAUUUAAUCCACACACCCCUGCUUUCACUUAAAAUAUUUAUUGUCGCCUCACCAUAGUAUAAAUUAUGUUGAUUCUGAGUAAGUGAUGAAUUUAAAUAAUGCAGAAGUCUUUGGCAGCAGCAUAAGAAGUAGUACUUGUUAUGGGUAGUUGUAAGGGGGAAGGGCUUAUAGAGAACCCCCCCCCCUCAUCCGAAGCAGCCCGUCUCCCAGCAGUCAUGAGAGCGAAGGGUCUGAUGGAGGGAGUCAGGAAACAGGGAGUGCCAGGGCUCUGGCAACAUCCAAGAGCCCCAGCUCCAUAGGCAGGAAGAGAGGGAGGCAGAAAGAGAGGACAUGAAUCGGUCAGACAGAAGACCCGCCCCCCGACGCCGGAAUUGAGGAGGAAGAGGAAAGGGAGGCGCUUCUCAGUUCCGAGGCUUUUAUGUUGGUCCAGAAUGUGGAGGGGGGCAGUGCAGGAAUCUGACUCGAGCAGGUAGGCAUGGAAUCAGCAGUUGGUUACACUGUAAAUAAUGUGCACCAAUAAAAACGUCUGAAAGACAAGCAUGUGGAAGGUCGUUACUCAAGAGUAGUCACUACAACCCUGACAGUAGUGGUCAGAAUGAGGGUAUAUUAAUGAUAAGAUAACAAACAUAUAUGGACAGGAAAUACUGUCAGUUCAUUGCAAGGGAUUAACGGUGAAGACACUUGGGCCAAGAUCCAGAUUGCCUAGCAGUGCAUGACUGAAAAGUGCUUCAGUUUGCUAGGGGCAGGGCUGCUGGUUUUCCUUUCCAGCUGUAGCCCAUUGCACAGUCUUAUACCCUGGAGUAGUAUGAGAGCCAGGACACCAGGGGCUGUACGGCAACUGGUGGUCAAUAAAAGCCCCGUUGCAUGCACAGAACUUUGGAUCCUGGCUUUGACUGCUUUAUAAAAAGAUUCUUUAAAAACUCUUUGCAGAGUUAAUCCUUAAACGAAUGCAAAUAUUCAUUCAGAUUGAAUACCGAUAAUAGUAUAAUACAAAUAAUAAAACAUCUAGCAAAUGCCUUGUAUAUAUUAUAUAGAGAAUUGGGUUUUUAAGAAUAUUAACUCACGGAGGCUUUAAACCUCCACAUGCUUGGAAGUAAGUCACAUUGAACUAAAUGGGAAUUACUUCUGAGGAGUAAUACACCUAGGAUAGCACUGCAUAUUGCACCUCCCCUUAAUUUUUAAUUUAACCUUUCCACUCAGAUUUGCUUGCUGUGGAAAAAGUUGGAUGUUUGCAGACAGCAGCAACUUGAGUUUUUCUACAUAUAGCAAACACAGACAAGGAAAAUGUGAGAAAGGCCAAACCUGUGAUGUUGUCGUAGUUGUUUUUUAGAUACACAUAUAUAUUCUCCACCAAAUAUAUUCUGCACAUUUUACCCUGUACAUUUUUUUAUUGAACUGUUGCACUGAAGUAUUUUAAUACCUUUUAAAAUUAAAUCAUAUUUCAAUAACAUUAUAAUGUUAAUUUUUUUGUGGGGGAGGAGAAGCCAAUUGCUGAGUAUAAUUGCCAUGCUGUGCAAAUACAGAUAAUUGCAGCUGCUGAGGGAAAAGUUUGCGGCAGUAUUCAGAAAUGUUAUUUGUUUAUUUGUUUGCUUUUCUUCAGUCUGAGCUGGAAAGGAACUCCACUGCUGAAUAGCUGUUAGUAUCUAUUUUACAAGAUUUACUCAUUUUCAGGUGCCUAAUAUAGCUGCUAGCAUGCAUGCACAACAAUACAAUUUAUAUGGUAAAUGGAACCAAAUAAUGGCUUCGCUGAAUGUUAUGGCUGCACUGAAGGGAAAUGUCACGGUAAAUAGCUGCCAAAUUAUGGAUCAUGCCGAAGUGUCACAACUGCACUAAAGACAAAUAGCACUAGAGACUAUUGCCACUGUGACGCUUUUGAGUUAUGAAGAAGAGGCGCAGCCUUGAUGCGAAGCUCUUUGUGUCCUCAUUAUAGCAAAGGGUUACUGGUGCAAUGUACAAAAAAAAAACUAGUCCAAUGUGAUGGUUAGUUAUUAAUCUGUCCAUUUCAGAUCUAACAGCUGUAGAAGAGCAGGCAGUCUUCAAAAACACACACACACACACACUGACAGAGAGAGAGAGAGACUAAAAAACUGCAGGUUUUAUUAACAUAAAUGUGUAUGGGGAAUGACUGGCAAUGGCAAAAUGUUGCAAUAAAAUAAUCUAAUCAAAGAAUAUUAUUAAAUUUAACAUAGUAUGCAUCUGAAAGGUUUACUUGCUUCUUAGUCAGAUAUAUGUGUGAAAUAUAAGUGGUAAUGCACUUUUCUCUCUUUGUAAAGACUUGAGUAGUAAGGACAUUACCGACCAAAUUGCUUCUUCUAAACUGAAGUGAGUCCCGGUUUCUCUCAUUUUAAUGGGAGGGUAAUAAAGAUGAAAGACUAACAUUUUAACUGAUGGAUCCCUUAAGCUAGAGAAGAGAAAUUUAUUAUGUUUUGAGGGGCUAUGAUAAAUCCUGAAUGUGAGUGCAUGUUUGGGGUGAUAUGGUAACCUCAAGUCAAAGGGAAACAAAGCACACCAUUAAAAGGGGGUGGGGAGCCACCCUCCUUUGUGGGCUUUGAUCGUUUUUUACACUAUUUUUAUUUACUCUAAGGAAACAGAUUCUAUUAAGACAUUAUGAUUUCAGUUCUCCCCACUCUUUAUUUAGGAGCAAGUCCCAUUGGUUGCGUUUCGAUUUACUGUUGAUUCAGUGUUUGGAAGAUUGCGGCCAUUAUAAGUAAAAUGCUUGUGGAGAUUAAAUUUUUUAGCAACUAUUACAUCUGCUCCAAGUCCAUUGUUUAAACAUAGCCUGAAAUUAUAAGUAAAAUAAGUUUGAUGGUCUCAACACUUUCUUUAGCAGAUUAUUGUACACACUGCAAAUAUACUAUCCAUAAUUCAACACAACUGUCAGCCUCAGUUUUAGAGAAGGGGCCAAACAAUCAGUAGUGGAUAAAUUACUUCUCUUUUCUACAGAGAAUGGCCUUCCUUCCAUGUUGUGCUUAAGGUCAUUGGCAGGGCAGCAUGGGGGCAGUUUGCACGGUAGUUAAAUCUUAUAUGCCGUUUAAAUAUGCACUAAGUAAUCUUCAUUGUGGGGGUAAAUAGAAGAUUAAUUUAAACACACACACACACCACUUUCAGAUGUGAGAUCUCUCACAUGUGACCUGCAUAGAUAACUUGUUUAAACUGUAUUAGUACUUUUAGAUUUCAUCACCCCACGCAGAAAUCUAGAUUUUAGGCUAUAUGCUAGUUUAUAGCACGUGGCAAUAAUGUGCUCACUGUUUAAAAUCCUUGUCCUGUCCACAAAAAGUUUCAUCAAACCCAGACUAGAACAGCUAUUAGUGUGCCCAGAAUUUAUUUUUAUGUACUGCACAGUUGCAAGUAACUGCUUCUUAUUAAAUGAAAACCCUGCAUUAGAUACUUUAGAAACAUUCCAGUUAAUGAAUAUGUAACGUCCUUUGUGUAACAGGACUUCUUUUUGUGUUCGGAACUAAAAGAUGCUGGAAAGUUGACAAAUUAUAUCAUCUAAGACAGAUGCCUGCCUUGGGGACAUGAUUUUUUUAGGGUGGGGGCUUCCUGUUUCUGGCUUUUAUUUCAGUUACAUUUGUAAUUGCUACAGGAGCAGUACCUGUGUAGCGUUGUAGCCUUCAUAUAGUUAGUACUUCACAUUAAAUCAAUGGAUGUGUGGCUUGUAUCACAGCAGAGCAGGAUUUGGUGUAAUUUUGUUUCAGCUAGUAUGUUUUUCCCCCCACCUUUAUCUCCUCCUGCACAAAUAGUUUGUCAAUUUGCUUGCUUAAGUUAUUUACACUUUGCCAUUCUACUAAAACUAUCCAAAGCGACUAACAGAAAGGAGCUUAAAAUAACCAAAAUAUAAUAAUCAACAUGUCACGAUCAAGUAAGUAUAAUCUGCAACAAAAGAGAAAGCAGGAGUCUAAAUGACUAUAUAUCUCUCCCACCCAAAUUCUUAACCUAUUGUUGUUUUGUUGUUUUUCAAGUGCUUGAAAAGACUUUGUAGCAUGCAGUUGAAGCAGAAAGCAUUAACAGCACAAUCCUAUGAAUGUCUGUUCAAAAUAGUUCCCAUUGAGUUCAGUGGAACUAUUUCCCAGGUAAGUAUGCAUAAGACUGCAGCCUAAAGAUGUGUCUGCAUCAGCACUUAGACCACUAUAUCCUACACCUAGUUUUCUAGAAGUAUGUCCCAUUGAAUUUAAUGAGACUUUACUUCCAAAUAGACACCGUAUAUGUCUUUGUUUUAGAGCUAGUUUUUUCAUGUCAUGUAUGUACCCGUGCUGCUCAAGGCAUACUUCUGGUUUAUACACACUGAGUUACCACCUGAAGAUGAGCAGCUGAGCCACAAAAAAUAUAUUUAUCAACUAACAGAUCCAUUGCUGGGCAAUUGCUUCAGCCUGCCAUGUCAAGGACCAAAUUUGCAUAGGCAACUGUUCCUUCCCAUGCCUCUCCAGCUGUUGGGACAAAUGUUGGAAGAAAGUUGGUAUCUCCUCAAUAAGAGCUGAAAAUGCCUGCCUUAAUAACCAAUGGAAAUGUGGUGUGCUAAGGGACAUUACCUAGAACAUGGAACCAGGCUGGUCUACAGAAGAUAUAAGUUGUUUGGUCAUGUCUGACUCUUCGUGACCCCAUGGACCAUAGCACGCCAGGCACUCCUGUCUUCCACUGCCUCCCGCAGUUUGGGCAAACUCAUGUUGGUAGCUUCGAGAACAUUGUCCAACCAUCUCGUCCUCUGUCAUCCCCUUCUCCUUGUGCCCUCAAUCUUUCCUAACAUCAGGGUCUUUUCCAGGGAGUCUUCUCUUUUCAUGAGGUGGCCAAAGUAUUGGAGCCUCAGCUUCACAAUCUGUCCUUCCAGUGAGCACUCAGGGCUGAUUUCCUUCAGAAUGGAUAGGUUUGAUCUUCUUGGAGUCCAUGGGACUCUCAAGAGUCUCCUCCAGCACCAUAAUUCAAAAGCAUCAAUUCUUCGGCGAUCAGCCUUCUUUAUGGUCCAGCUCUCACUUCCAUACAUAUAUAUAACCCAGAAGAUAUAUAUAACCCAGGAAAAAGAGCUGGUGCCUAUAUCGUAAGUAGAAACAGAUAGGAUGAACGCAGGAUCCUGCUGUCACACAUUCCAAAUAAUAAUAAUAAUUAUAGACAUUUGAAAUGUUACUGUUGUUUCAGAGACCAGCCCAGAGGAAAUGGUGAUCAUUCCUAACCAUGUCCAGUAAUGAGGUCAGACAAACAAAAUAAGACCAAGCUAAGUCGCUGUUGACAUUCAAGCAUUGUUUUGAAGGUGGCUGAAAGAAAGGACAUGGGCUAUGGAAUCUCACCAUAUAUGUUACUUAACUCCAUCCACAGGCCUCUUGCAUGUUUCCUUGAAAAUGUACCUCUGAGGGGGUCAUUCAUGUAGGAAGAAAUAGCAUACACAGGGAAUUGGUGCACUGCCUGGAAGCCGUAACACAGAACACACAGAAUAGUUCUGAGUGAUGUCAGCAUGCCUCUGGUGGGCUGUAAGGUACCAGACCGAAAACCAGCUUAAUCCAGUCAUCCACAAAGUAUUGGGAACCACAAAAGCAUGCUGCUUGUCAUGCCUUAGCUAACACCAUGAAAAUACAGUAAUUUUUUAUUUUAAAAACCCCACCCAUGACCUCAAUAAAUUAACAUGGAUUUAUUGCCAUGGCUAUCCCUGGUAGCAGGGUCUAAAAUAGCCCAAGAGCCUAUCCUAGAAAAGAAAAAGAAACAUUGGUCUUGGAAACCUGUUUGCUUUAUUUAUUGCUACCAUACCUCUUGAUACCUAAACAACCCCCCCCCCAAUUUGAAACUGCAGUUAAUAUAUUUUUGCUUGAAUCAUCAUAAACAAAGUUUUUCUAUGCUCCAUCCACAUUGUGCUGCUAUAAAUGGAGGGCAUAUAUUUCUUUAUAUUCGUACUCUUAUAUUGAAAAUCAAUUAAAAUGCAUUGAAAAACAGAACAGAACAUUGUGCUGGUGUGGCAUAGUCAAAGGGAAGUGGUUCCUCUUGUUCUCUAAAAUCCACAGAUAAUUCCCACUUCAAAUAUCCCUAGCAUGCAAAUAUCUUAACGAUCCCAUAACAUUCGCACACACAGUCUACAUCACCACUUUUUUGCAAAUCACCUGUUGUUCUUUUUCAUGAAGAUGAAUGCCAGUGUUAGAGCUGGCACAGCACUGCCCAUCUCUUUGCACUCCAUAUGUUUCCCAUGGGAGACAGGAAAUAUGAAUGCCGUCUGGGUGGUAGCUGUGGUGCUUCGGAAUGGAUUGUGCAAAAUUGGUUCUUACUCGUAAUGGAAUUCAUAUAAACCUGUUCCUAUAUGUGAAUUUCACACUCAAUAUCAAGUUAAAAGGUUGACUUUGCAUACAAUGUAAGCUAAAACAUGACUUUGUGUGAAUGUGUGGACUCCUGGAGAUUCCCUGUGUAUAAGGAAGAAGUAUCCAGUAACUUCAUGUGCAAGCACUGAUUAUUAUUUCCAUGUAAACCUAUAGUGAUAUUUUUGGAUCGAACUCAAAAACCACAGAGGUAAAAUAUUAGGGCUUUUGUUGAGCAUUAUCUAAUCCCUUCUUACUUCCUUGCUACUUUUGCUUCACCAGCUUUCCAACACUUUGCCUUGUUUAGGGCUGUCUUCCUACAAGAAGUCCCUGGGCGGUUAGUACCUCCUGAAUUGUUUCUUCAAGUCUCAAGGUUGUGGACACAGGAAGCCCCACUUACUUUUUUGCUCAGUUAGGGAAUGCAAACAGUGUGAACCAAUUUCUACCUUAACUUGGUGAGUAGAAGGCAGAAUUGGCUCACACAAAUUGCACAUUACCUCUGCUUCAGUCUUUUCUGCUGAAGAAGAGGCUUUAGCAAAGCAGGAGUCUGAGCUUAUUUGCUGCCCUUUCAUCAUGCGGGCUUGACUAAACGUACACAAUGUGGAGCAGCCUUUGCUCAAGGCAAAUAACAUAAAGAAGGAAGAGGUAUUUCACUUUCCAUUGCAGUGUCAUUCAGGUCAUUCACUAAAAUUAUAGGCAGUGGCUUCUACAAUGUUAACAGCCAACUUUAGAUUAUUAACAGUGCUUUGGAUAGCAGUUCAUUUGCAAUGCCCAAAUGCACUGGAUUCUUCAAAAUUAUAAGGUAUGGUAAAAUAGAUGGUCAAACCUCCUGGCCCUCUGGAUGUCAUAAGUGAUAUAAUUAAUCCUUUUUUCUCAUUUGUAUUUUACCAGCAGUACACUAAAUGACCUUUCCCCUCUACUUUCUGAUCUUUGCCUUAGCACAGGAGGGAAGAGGAAGGCAAUUUUGAAAAACAAAAUUAUUAGUAAAUUUACAAUUGGCAUGCUUGUUCUCAUCUAAUAGAUUACAUUUUUAGAUGAAUUAUACAUUUUUUCAGCCUUUGCUUCCCCAUAUGAACACUUUCAAAACCAAAUAAUCCACCAAUUCUGAAAAACGCUUUCCCAUAGCUUUCUACAUUUUGAUAAAUCAUAUUUUGCCAAAUCUUCCCUUUUGUAAUUUCUUCUUAAGUGUCUGUAAUAUUCUAAAUGUGUUAUGGGUUAGUCUAAACAAAGGUGGGCUCAUACAAGCCACAUACAUAUAAUUUGACCUGGAACUAAAGUAAUCAUAUACAAUUUUUUCUCAGUUUAUAUUACUGUCUGUCUGUCUGUCUGUCUGUCUGUCUGUCUUGAAAACACCACCUGAGUUGGAGCAAUUAGGUGAGUGAAGUUCAGCCUACCUAUAAUUUCAAUCUAUUUAUGCUGUAAUUCUCAAAAACCUUUUGCAAGCGCAAUACAGAACUGCAUGACAAUACAGAACUGCAUGACAUGAGUUGUCUUAAAAGAUUAUACCACUGCCACUCAACUAGAGGAACAAAUAAGACGUCUUCCAGUUUCAAACUGGGUUGGCUUUUCAGCCACAGAAGUGACCACAGUAGAAACUUCAUAGAUAACAUAGCCUACACAUGAAGUUCUUUCUGGUGAAUUUACAUGGCUUUGCAGGUUGGCAAUGGUCUGUUCAGGUAAAGUGAAUUAAACAGCAAGAAAGGAGUGAAUUGAAGUACUAAACAGAAAUGUUGAGCAUAGUAGAUCCAGACACUAAAGAGUUUAAAUAUAAUCCAGGAGAGUUGCACACAAAAUUUGUGAUUAUGUUUCAUUUACUUACAGAUCCCAAGACAGCCUCCCCUUCUCCCCCCCUUUUCCCUCUCUCUCUGAAAUAGAAGUGGCAAUCCAUUUAAUGUAUUUAUUUAUUUUACUGCUCCCUUGUUCAAAUAUGUUUGAUUGAAUACCUUGCCUUUCAAAAAUUAAUGCAGAGAAGCACCACUUGAAUGGAGGGGACAAAAACACACAGUGUGAAUACAGUCUAACAAGCACCACUCACUAGUGUGAAGGGGAAACAUUGGAGGCAUAAAAUUCCAAGUGUUAAUAUGAACAAAAUGGAAACCAGCCCACAUACACUUUAACAGCCUAGUGUGGACACAACCAUUGAUAAUUUGUGCUGAAUAUUGCAAGGGUAGGAGAAAUACUUAGGGUGCAGAGAGAAAAUGACCAGGAAUUCAUUUUAAUUCUUCCUCUGCCAAUGCCAUCAUAAUCUUUUGCAAACUUAAGGACAAUUCCAUAUUUCAAAAGGAAAAGUUUGGGGUGGGGAGAGAAUUGAAAAUGAGUGGCUCCGCUACAUAAAGAGGGAAUGUUUAUAGCUUUGUUCUGUCAUAUGUGAAAAGGUGCAGACUGAAGUAUGGCAAUCAGAGUAAUUUUCAAAGGGUCAGGUAGCCAAAGAGUCCAUGGGUCCAAUGAAUUUUACUAUCACCAGAUGUGGGAAAAAUGCUGAUGCUGUUUUCCGGCUUGCUCAAAUACAAAGCAGAGAGAUCUACAAUGACACAUCUAAUACAAGAAACUGGAUACACUAUUUAUGCUUGUCACUGACUUACAGUGAGGUGGGCUCCUUCCUUAAUUGAUGGCUUCAUCAUUUCAGUCAAGCAGCCGAUGGCUACAUUAUCUUUACCAAAUAAUCAUGUGUUUCCCCUCUUCCGCCAUUCUCUCUCUCUCUCCCCCCCCCUCUCUCUCUCUCUCUCUGUGUGUGUGUGUGUGAAUAGCCUCCGAGAUACACUGCCUAAAUUUUUAAGAUAACGAACAGUGGAUGCAGUAUCUGUUGACUCAACACAUUGCAUUAAUAAAUGCUUAUGGGCAACUGACAUGUGCAUCCAGUAACACCUUUAAGUAUGCAAUUAAAAUUGGACAAGAGAGUCUACAGAUACAAAUAAAUAUUCAGUUCUACAAGGGGCUCUUGCACUGAAUUGUAGAAAUAUUUUAAUUCUGGAAUUUGCUCAUAGACAGUUGAAAUUAGGACACUGAUGUGAUGGUAGGAAUAAAAUGUGAACAAAAGGAAAGAAGGCAGAUUGUGUCACGGUGGAGCCAUGGCAGAGGUUUGACAGGAUAUGCCUUUCCCAGUGUAGCUAAGCUGGAUAGGAGAACCCUAUUAUAUGGAUGAGUGGGGCCAGUAGUGGCAUCUUGUCAUUCUAACUUGUGUAAGUAAGCAAGCUUAAUUGCUCCUUGUCUUUUCAAGAUGACUUUCCACCAACAAUCUCAUUAUCACACACACAUGUUUAUUGCACGUUUCCAGGGCCCUUCAUGCAGACCUGAAUGUAACUGGUGGAGAGAUAAUAUUCGUUCCUGCAUAGCAGUACUCCUCCCGUCCCAGAUGAAGGUGGCCUGCCCUUCACUUUUGCUACCAAACAUGACCAGAGGCAGUAGUGUGUAUGCAGGGAAUGGAAGAAACGGAACUGGAGGGGCUAGCAAACUGUCAAAAUGUUAGUGUAGUGAAGAGGAAAAAGUAAAUAGGAUUUCUGCUUACCAAGAUUAAUAUGUAGAGUUGCAUGUUAAUGUGUUUGUCAUAGGAUUCAUUAAUAUGUAUGCUAUUCCAUUAUGUAUUUAUUAGAAAAGCUUAUAAUCAAAUGAAUAGGAAGGAAUGUCACUGAAAUUAUAUAACGUCCAGUGUCACAGCAAGUUGGGAAGUUGAAAAAACAUAUAAAUUUAUGUUUAAUCUUUUGUUGCACCCAGACCCGCAAGUUCCUUCCUCUUCCUUCCUUCCUUCCUUCCUUCCUUCCUUCCUUCCUUCCUUCCUUCCUUCCUGGUGACAGUAUUGCCUAAUGACCUGAGCAAAUAUUUCCUGUUGUGUAAAUUUCAAGUGCAAGUUCCUAUAAAUACACAACCUACUCCUUUGGCUAAAGAAGAGAGUUGUAUCCAGUUUCUUUGUUGGGAAACCAUUCAGCCUAAAGUCCAUACUGUUUUUCUGCUAGGAAUCUAGAGAGAUCUUUUAAUUUGAACUAUUGUUUUUUAAGAGUAGAUGCUCUAUAGCAGCAGCCACCAAUAUGGUGCCCCUCAGAUACUGCAAGUCCCAUUAUCCAUUAUCAUUAGGCAUGCUUUCUAGAGGAGGUCUCAGUUUUAACUGCUUUUGUGCUGCAGCAUACAAGAAAGAGAAAGAAAGAAAGAAAGAAAGAAAGAAAGAAAGAAAGAAAGAAAGAAAGAAAGAAAGAAAGAAAGAAAGAAAGAAAGCCCAUUAUAUCAGUUAGGGCACAUAUAUACCUUUGCAAGUUUGUAAGUCUUAGGAGCUAGAAACAAUGUUUUGUGUGUUUAUUUAAUGGAAUGCUCUAUGUUCUUGUUGAGAAGUCUGGUGUUUUGUUUUAUUUUGUUUUGUUUUUAGUUAAAGUUAUCAAAUGGGUUCUGACCUGAACCGUUUCUGCUCCAAUAUAUCUCACUCCAUGUUGUUGCCUUUGCCUUAUUGCUCUGUCUCUGAUAAUUCAGCAGAUAUCAACCACUACUUUGUCGGGACAUAUUAGCGUAUGAUGGCUAUGCUCUGCUGUCAGAUGGUAUACCUCUGGAUACCUGGUGCUGGGAAUCUCUAGCGGGGAGAGCACAGUUGCAGUCAGGUUCUACUUCUGGGCUUCCCAUGAGCAUCCCUUUGGUCACUGUGAGAAUGCUGUGAGCCUGCUGGACUAGAUGGAUGCUUGGCCUGAUUCAGCAGGGCUCUUAUUAUGUUCUUAGGAUGGGUUUAUCCCAGUGGUAAAGUGAGCUAAAUUAAAAUUAAGUUGGCUUGUAUAGUAGCUUAUAAGUUAAAGGAGAGGAACGAGGGCUCUCAGAAGGACCCCAGGAUCUGGUGCUCCCAGUCAACAGAAGGCAAUUGCUGCUACAAUGUGUCAAAAGAGCAAGCUGGCAUUAAACCACACCACUCAAAGUUGGAGUAAACUCUUUAUUAGCAAAAGCACAAUCUUCUCAUGCCUGGGUAUCGGGCCUAAUGAGCACAGCAACUCAUCUCUAGUAGGUCUUCUUAUCUCAUGCAUCAGUUGCCAAGACUGAAAGUCCCUGCCUCCCCACAGCUGCCUUAAGUCCUCUCCUCUCCAGGGUUUCCCCCCAAGCAAUCAGAGACUGUGUCUGUGUGCAACCAGCCUCUCCUCCGCCCGUUUUAUGCCUCUUCUGAUUCUGGGAGACUGGAGGAGGGGAGCUUGUUGCAGUAGGAGGGAUAGACACCCAUGACUUUUCACCAGCCUGAUUCAUCUCUGCUUGACUUAUAUCUCUCUGAAUCAUCUCUUGGCCUCCCUCCUCCCACUCAGCAGCUUCAUCUUCUGCCUCCGAUUCUGAACUUCUCUCUGCCACAGACUCAGCCAGCUCACUAAGCCCUGUUACCUCUUCAGCUUCUGAUACCUCCCUCCAAGCUUCUCCCUCUGACCACUCAUUGUUGUCCCACCACCACUCCCCAGGCUUUGAGCGUUCUUCCCUGAGUGGUUCCCCAUCUGGUUCCUCCCAAUUCCUCUGCAUCCAACCAGUCCAUGAUACUGUAUAAUGUUUGAAAUGUAGGUAUCAUAGUAUCAAUGUAAUUGCCAUUGGGAGGACAUUUUAAUGGUUGUACAUAACAAACAACAGGACAAGAAAGGGGAGGAGAUUCUGUAUCUGAUUCCAGAGUGAGAUUAUGCUGCUGAAUUCACCGAGCAAUAUAUUUGCAUUUACUAACAAAGAAACUAUGGUAGAUUGAAAAUGUUUGCAAGACUCGUGGGGAAGAACAAUGCUCACAAUAGCACAAUAGGAAAGGAAAGAAUGGGCUUAAAUUACUGGAAAGCAGGUUUAAGUUAAACAUUAGUUAAAUGUUUCAGUGAAACAAGAAGUCUAAUGAGUUGUACAAUCUUCUUCGAUGCUUUCAAGGAAAGGCUGAACUGGUGCUUGUUAGAGAUAGAGGUAUGGUAUUCUACCUUAGAACAAGCAAUUAGACCAGAUGAUGGGCCAAACACUUGAAAAUUCUGUGCUGUUAUGAUUCCAGAAUUGUUAAAGCCAUGUAAUGACACCUUGGACAAAAGAAUAAAACCUUUGUCUACUCUCAAGGAUCAUCAGAUGUGGAGGGGGGGGAACUCCUUCCAUAGAGAGCAUAUUAUAAAUUCUAGGAGAGGGACUCUAAAGACAGGCAAAGCAAUAUUUUCUCAAAUCUUGCCAAUGUGCAUUGACCACAACUAAAAGAGUAAUUUAAAUGCAUUUAAAACAUUUUUAAAGCAAAGUAUGUCACUACCUAGGAGAGCUUAGAUCAAGGGGCUAAAAGCCCUGCACAGAUGCAGGCUUUCACACUGCUUUUGACAUCGCCAGUUUCUGGGGUACAAUUUCACCUUGACAUAGGAAGAUCUUAUGAUGCCUAGCUCCACCAGGUGGUAAAACCCCUUGUGCUAGCUCUGUUAGUAUGGGGCGGAGGAGAAAGAAGAAAAUCAAGUAUAUAUUGUGCAUGACAAGUACAGUGGUACCUCGGUUUAAGUACACAAUUGGUUCCGGAAGUCUGUACUUAACCCGAAGUGUACUUAACCUGAAUCAAACUUUCCCAUUGAAAGUAAUGAAAAGUGGAUUAAUCCAUUCCAGAUGGUCCACGGAGUACUUAAACUGAAGCGUACUUAACCUGAAGCGAACUUUCCCAUUGAAAGUAAUGGAAAGUGGAUUAAUUCCAGACGGGUCCGCCGAGUACUCAACCUGAAGCGUACUUAACCCAAAGUAUGAGUGUAAUUGGUUCUGGAAGUCCAUACUUAACCUGAAGCGUACUUAACCUGAAGCGAACUUUCCCAUUGAAAGUAAUGGAAAGUGGAUUAAUCCAUUCCAGAUGGGUCCGCAGAAUACUUAAACUGAAAGUACUCAAACCGAAGCGUACUUAAACCGAGGUAUGACUGUACACAGUUGUAUAUUUAGUUGUGUGUACAUGCCACUGCACAACAGAAUACCAUAAUCUGUAAAAAAUAAAAUUAAAAAGACUCAUGGUCCAGUUCUAGCAGAAAAACUAAACAGAGCUUCUCAGGUUCUAAGUUUGACAACAGAAAACUAACUUGGAAGUACAUUAAGAAAUUCCCUGAAAGAGUGAGGACAUGAACCUCAAAACAGAACAUGUUUGUUUUACCCAGGGCUUUUUUUCAGCCAGAAAUGGUAACAUUGCCAUUAUAAGAGAACAAAGGAGGUGUUCAUGGUGAAUUCAGUUGAGUUCUAGAAAAAAACUAGUACAGGUUUUACCCAUGCUGGGACUUUAGUUUCUUCCAUUUGCAAUGAAAACAGAUGUUGGACCACCACAUACUGAACUGCAGUGGUCAUGUGGCUUGUGGCCACAUGAAUGAUUAUCCAAAUGAUUAUCCAAAUGCCCCAUUUAAAAAAUUCCAAUUUAACUUUGCAGAACAUGGCAUAGUGCAAGUAUGGCAACAAACAAUUCCAGUCCAAUCACUUAGGACUAGUUUGGGCAGCUGUUGCAGCCCACACAAAAGGAAGUACGGGAAAGUAGCAGGUUAUCAUAUCUUGCUGAACAAGCUGUCAAAAAAAGGGGGAGAUUAUGGACUUCAGCUUUUGGGUGCUGCUAUUGCAGUAUAAAUGAACUACUGUAUAAACAAUACCUUUAUGAUUAUGUUAUGGCUUAAAAACACACACAAGUUUGGAUGUGUUUUUCCUCUUUAGUGCAUAAUCGUGUUUUUGUUCCGGUAUACUAUUCAUAAUAGCUGCUUGUUACAUUUCAGUUCAACAUAGAAAGAAGAAGAAAGGUUUCUAGAUCUUUUUUUCCAUUUGCAAUUCUCAAUGUCAAACAUUUACUUUAAAAAAAGGUUACACUAUGCAUAUUUUAUGAUGAUAAACUUUACAAGAACUGGGCAGGCCAUAAACAGCUUAUGGGAACAGAAAGCUGGGGUUUCCUUUCCUAUUCCUUUAACCAAUAUUCUUAUCUUGUAUUUCAAAGGGCAAUUUUUGAGACAACUAUUGUUGAAACAAAAUAAAACAAAUUUAUAAAAUGAGUCUUUCCCUUGUCUCUGCUUGCAUACAUCACAGUAUCAGUGAGACCUUGUUCACCACAUCACCAUCCUCCUCUGAUUUCAAAGUACUUAUUCAAAGUAUUUGUUCCUAGAGAAGCAAUAGAGAAAAUAAUCUGCUGUCAAUGAGUUUUUUUCUUUCUGCUUUUACAUAUCUCCAAACCAGCCUUUCCCAACCAUAUGUUACUGAACUACAACUCCCAUCAUCCCUCAUGCCUGGUCAUGCCAUCCAGAAAUGAUGUAGAGUUGUGGUCCAACAACAUCUAGGAACCCAAGGUUGAGAAAGGCCAUCCCCAGGCUGAUCAUGGCUUAUCUUCAGGGACAACAGACAACAGAGCUGCAUUGGGCCAAUAUAGAGUUAUAUUAGGAUGUAUGAAAAGCAAUUCCAUGUUUGUCACAGCUCAAGUACCUUCAAAUGCCUUUAAACUGUUGUAUGUCAUAACUGAGUCCAUGACACAUUCUGAGCCUGGAACCUGUGGGAUAUCGUACAAGGACUAAGUCUGUAUGCUACCACUAAGUUGAGAGCUACAGGGAAACUAGCCAAGACGCUUCUUGUAGUAAUCAAUUGGCUAUGAUCAAUACAAACAUUUCCGCUUGACACUUGGUCACCAGUCUAAGCAACAAAAGGACUCUGCUACUAUCUUUUCUUGUGAUAAACCUUUGACAAGAGCUAGGUCUGUAAUAUUCUUGUUUUGUAAAGGGACGCUUCCACUAAAUCAACCUAAAACUGGUAUUGUUGUUAAUGUCGAGAGCUACUAUUUCUAAACAUAACAAACAGCAGUAUAGCUCCAGGGGAAAAUAAUUGCACGAGUACCAGGGUCUCUCCACAUGGAACAGCUUGCAGGAUCAGGGCUGAUGCUGUAACCAGCCUUCAAAGGGAAAACUGCACACAUGGCUUUGCAAGCAUUAUUACCAUAAGCAGAUGACCCAGUAUUUUUGCUUUUAGGUUUGCCAACUGUCACAAUUUUUAUUCAAAGUCUCAUAAGUGCAAGAAUUUUUUUUAUUAAAAAAAAUAUUGAGAUCAUGAGGCAUGUGUUAAAAUAAUAAACUCAACUUUUAUUUGAAGAAAAAAGAACUUUGACCCUCUUUGUUCCAAGAAGCUUCACAAGAUAAAUGCAUAAACCAGACAAUUACAAAAACUUUAUUUUAAAAAAAUCUCUUAAGGCUUGCAAAUCACUUUCAGGCCCAUAGAUAUUUUGUAUGUGUGAGGCUAAAGGUAAUUUACGAGGAAGGAAUAUCAUAAGUCAAUGCUAAACCCGGGCCGGGGGGGGAGGAGAAUAUAUUAACUAUAAAGCUAUACGUUAAUUUAUUAUAUAAUUGCAAUUUAUUAAAUUCAAGAACAUUUUAAAAGUGAGUGCCAUUUUUUUUUAAAAAGCUUCAGCUAAAAUGUUUCAGAAUUUUCUGAUUCUAAAUGUUUUGGAUAACACUCAUUAGGCCAAUCUGUGUUCCUGAGAUUAAAAACCUUUUGAGUUGCACAUAACUCUUCCGGCAGAGAUUGUCAUCGAGACCCUGUUAAUAUGAUUCUCAGUGGAGAGGCGCAGAUGGAAAACAUGACUUGCAAAGCUUCAGAUAUCUCUAACUUAACAAUAUACUCAGGCCAGAAACGGGUAACAUAUUCAAGAAAUGUGAAGGCAGUAUAGGCUGACUUAUUUUGUCCCUAUGUCAUUUUUGAUCAGACAGGUUUUACAGGGUUUUGGAACACUACAAAUACCUGAAAUACCUGUGAGUGGAGAUAAUAGAAUGAUGCACACACUAUAGGCAAGAAUACUUAAGUUGUAUUGUGUCCAGCUGUUGAUGUCAAGAGACAAUCACAUGCUUCCAGCUGCACUGCCUAAAUUAUGUAUACCAAUAGCAAUACCUUGAAUGUAGCCCAGUGGCAGAACUGCAAUCAAUGCAGAUCUCUGAGCACAGGUGUUAUACAGUAACAAGGUCUAACUCCUGUCAGCAAUCAGGCUUCUGCACUAACUGCAGGCUCCAGAUCGAGCUCAAGGGAAGCCCCACAUAAAGCACAUUGCAGUAAUCCAGUCUUGGCUAUGGAUAGAGCCAAUGAUCUCCUUGCAGUUGUCAGAGUAUGGUGAGGCUUGCAGGUGCAAGACUGGUGUCUGCAAUGAAGAAGGGGCUGGAUGAGUGCCAAACUACUGAAAUCAAAUCCCAACAUGAUGGGAGUCCUUGUGCCUGGAUGGUUCUUGCCCCUGGAAAGUGGGUAAGCUGCCUGUUCUAGAUGAAGUUGCAUUCUCCCUCAACGAACAAUUGUGUAGUUUGGGGGUACUCCUUGAUUACCUGAGGUCCUGGUGAUAUGGAGUACUUCAUCAAUUACAGCUGUUCCUGAACAGAGAUAGUCUGACCACUUCCUAUCAUUAUGGUAACUUCCUGUUUGGAUUAUUGUAUUGUGCUUUACAUGAGGCUGCACUGGAAGAUGGUUUGGAAGCUACAGCCAGAAGAAGAAGAAGAGUUUGGAUUUGAUAUCCCGCUUUAUCACUACCCGAAGGAGUCUCAAAGCGGCUAACAUUCUCCUUCCCCUUCCUUCCCCACAACAAACACUCUGUGAGGUGAGAGGGGCUGAGAGACUUCAAAUAAGUAUGACUAGCCCGAGGUCACCCAGCAGCUGCAUGUGGAGGAGCAGAGAAGCAAACCCGGUUCACGAGAUUACGAGCCUACUGCUCUUAACCACUACACCACACUGGCGCUCACACUGGCAGAAUGCAGUGGCCAGAAGGUUAACUGGUGUUGCCAGCUGGAAUCAUGUAACACUGAUUGUAAAAGAUCUACUUGUACUUCAGGGCUGGAUUGAAAGUUAUUCAUGCUGACCUAUAAAGUCCCAAAUGACUUGGGCCCAAAUAUGUGAAGAAAUGUCUCUCCCUGUAUUAGCUCAUGUUGUUAGAUCUCAGCAUUAUGUGGUGACACAGGAUAGUCCCUUCUCCAUGGUCGUCCUUCCUUCUGGAAUGCCCUCCCUCUGGAAGCACAAACGUCAUCUUGGCAUGAGGUAAAGACUGACUUGCCUGGCUUUUGUAGUAUUAGUGUUACUAGUAUGGUAGUAUUAAUGUGAGUAUUACUUUUACUACCGCAGUAAAAUAAGGAGCAUGUUCUGUAGGUCUAUGGGUCUUUAUGGAUUAUAAUUUUAAGGAUGUACUGUACUGUAUGUGAAUUGUUUUAAAUGUUUUAAUUGUGUUGCACCCCACCCUGAAUCCUGUGAUGAAGGGCAGGCUAUAAAGAAAGAGCAAAUGACUUACACCAUCAAAUUGCUGUUACCAUCUUCAGAAAGCCUGAUUAAUAAAGUGCUGCUCAUUCUAACAUGGGCAAGCCUGGGUGAUUAGCUAAAGUUUAUAGCUGUUAGCACUAAGCCAUUGAGCCAAGAGAAAGGAUAGCCCCAUCUCAGAUUUUCAUAUUUGUAACAUGUGCUGGCACUCCUGAUUAGCAAGGAUUUAGAUUUCUCUUGGAUUACUUCUGCUGCCAAUCUGUAAUGUGACAUGGAGGGGAAUUUGGCUCAUGCAGUGAGAUAGCUUUCCUUGGAAUGACCAGGAAUGAAACAGCAGGACUUUCCUUUAACCCUCUCAGUACAUGUAGCCAUAGCUAAGGAUAAUGGGACAAUUGACAUUGCUGUAUCGCUAAGGAUCCCUAUACGUGUAUAUUUAAAAAUAUUAUUUUAAUAACCUAAGAACAGUCCUGCUGAAUCAGGCCAUCAGGGUCAGCACAGAUGCCUAUGGGAAACCCACAAACAGAACACGAAUGUAACAACACUCUUCCCUCUUGUACUCCCCAGAAACGUAUUCAAAGGCAUGCUGUUUCUGAUACAGUACACUGCCAUCAUGGCUAGUAGCCACAGAUAACCUUAUCCUUCAUGAGUUUGUCUGGACUACUUUUAAAGCCAUCCAGGUUGGUAGCCUGUGUCUUGUGUUAGUGAAUUCCAGAGUGUAAUGAUGCAAUGUUUGAAGAAGUACUUCCUUCCGUCUGUUCUGAAUUUUCAUACAUACAGCUUCAUUGGAUGACCUUGGGUUCUAGUAUUAUGAGACAGGACAUACCCUUGCAGAAUUCAUACUGGUUCUUCCUCAGCAAGACUUGUCCUUCUAUAUGCUUUAGUAAUGAUUUAUACCAGUUUUCCUGGAAAAUGUGAUUAGCUAACUGACGUGUAUUUCCUGAGUUUCCCCCUGGACCAAUUCUUUAAGAAAUCAUGUGACAUUUCCAGUUACAGUAUCAGGUACAGGGGUGAUUUAUCUAUGUCUAUCCAUCCAUCUGUCUGUCUAUCCAUCCAUAAUCCAUAAAUACAUAUAUACUACGGUGGUGCCUCGCAAGACGAAUUUAAUUAGUUCCGCAAGUCAAUUCGUUUUGUGAAAAAAAUGGUCUUGCGAAUCGCGGUUCCCCAUAGGAAUGCAUUGAAAUUUCUUUUUUUGCCUAUAGGAAUGCAUUAAUUAAAUUUCAUUCCUAUGCAUUCCUACGGGAAACCGCGAUUCGCAAGACGCAUUCGUACCGCUCCAAGCGGGAAGGUAAACGGUGUUUCCGUGUGUUGCUCUGGUUCACCAGAAGUGGCUUUGUCAUGCUGGCCACAUGACCUGGAAGCUGUACGCUGGCUCCCUCGGCCAAUAAUGCGAGAUGAGCGCCACAACCCCAGAGUCGGUCACGACUGGACCUAAUGGUCAGGGUCCCUAUACCUUUACUAUAGUUAUUUAAUGCUUCUGUAGCUGUGCUGGGUUUCCUUGGCAAUUGCCCACUUACAUAUAUGUUGAAUUUUAUAGCACUGUAGUCACUGUUCCUAGUUGGUUCAACAUCUCACACCAGGUAUGGUUACCACUUAAGACUAAGUUCAGGGUCAUUCCCUUCUGGUCAUUUCUGGGACCAACUGUUCUAGGGCACAGUCAUUUAGGGGAUCUAUAAAAGUUAGCAUAAAAAGAUGCUCCUAAACUGCUUUCCUAAGCUAUUAUUAAUUGUCAUGUUGGGGGGGGGGCAUGUCAUUUCAAAUGUGUGAAUGGCAAAGCGACUGCAUGGCAGGGGCAUUUGGUCUAGGUGCAUACGUCAGGAAUUUAUGAGCAUUGUGUGCUCAUAAAUUCAUACACAAUGAGGUAUAUAACUUUUGUUUUAAUGUUCAAACCCCACUUGCCAGAGAGUAGGGAUUCCAUUCAAUUCUCAUUUAAAGACAAAUUUACCCUGCGACUACUAAAACACAGCCGUAAACACCAGUUACCUUAGCUGGUUAGAGUAUGGUGCUGAUAACACCAAGGUCGCCAGUUCGAUCCCCAUCUGGGCCACCUGCAUAUUCCUGCAUUGCAGAGGUUGGAAUAGAUGACCCUCAGGGUCCCAACUCUACAAUUCUAUGAUCCUCUGAAAUUCACACUCCCAGAAUUUUGUGGUGCAGAUUUCCAGCCAAACAAUGUUUACAAAAAUGCACACAUCAGGCAGAAAUGUGCAUAAAGAUGAAUAUAUUAGUGAAAAUAACAUACCUAAAUGCAUUAUAUAAGUCUUUAAGCAAACAUUCCCCAUGAAAAUACUUGGGCUGGACACUUAGCUUUUUAAGUAAGUGAAUGACUGACUCACAAGAUUUGGUUACAGGUAGGUAGCCGUGUUGGUCUGGGUCGAAGUAAAAUAAAAAAAAUCCUUCAGUAGCACCUUAAAGACCAACUAAGU